AUGGAUGACUAUGAAGUAGCAAAAAGAUUGAGGGACUGCCUAGUUCAAUUGAUUGAAGGAAAAGCAACAGAGAAAAAAAAACAAGUUGAUAAUUUAAAGACAUACUUGAAACAGAAUCAGUAUGUUCAGCAUAUGAAUCGCAGUUCUGCUAAAGGAAAAGUCCGUGAACAUGGUGCUUUGUAUAUUACUUGGGGAAAGUGUUUUGGUCGAAUUAAAGACUACAUAGAGCAGGAAUGUGAAAGAUUUAAGAAUCGUGAAAGUUCUGAUAGUUUAUCUGCAAUUGUUAGAAACAAUUUAGCCAAAGAAAAAAGAAGUUGCUCAGAUUUAUUUCGUUGCUUUGUGAAAGCUAUGAAAUCAAGCAAACAAUAUGACAUGGCUGAACCUGUUAUGCAACAUAUAUUAGCUGUUAUGAGUCGAAAGUUCACCCAAGUUUCCUUUGGUUUAGAUUAUUCAAAUAUUUUAUUAAAAUAUAUACUGUGUGAUCCCUUUAUGUGCCUAAAAAUUUCUUCCUCAACUUUUGAUGAUGCCAUAUGGUUUUAUUGCAAAAUCAUUGGAAACCCACCACAAGGCUGGGAGAGGAGUUUAACAACACAAAUUUUGCUGCAGCUGCUUACAAUUAGAUUUAAUUUUGGAAUUAUGGAUUGCACUAAAAUUCUCCAGUUUUUCACUGAAAUAUUUGAUGCUGUUUCUACACCAUGCACACUUAUUAAGUAUGCUUGUCUACUGUUUGAGAUGUUACAGACGUUCUACUUUGAAGGAAUUAUCGAGCAGUGUAAUUUAAAAUCAAAUUUUUUCACUUCUCAUUUAAUGAAGACAUUAAAUGCUGUUGGAGAAAUGCCAACUAAGCUGAAAAUUGACUUAAGCGAGAAAGAAACAAUUUUGAUGCUGACGGAUUUUAUUUGUCGAAUUACUGCAGUUUUCAAGUCAAAGUGCCAAGUGUACAAUACACAAUCUCUUGAACCAUUCCUUGAAGUGGCUAUUUCUUGCAUACCCCAGAAUCUCUUUGAAAGCAUUUUAUCAUUCAGUUUAGACAACUGCAAUGCUGAACCUUCUAUUGAACUGAAUCCCACAUUUGAAAACUUUGAUAUGGAAGAGGAUAUAUCUUUUGAUGUAGAUAAUCGCAGCGGUUCCAACAGUAGAGAUGGGUUUGAUGAAAUGGAUGAUGAAUGCAUAAACUUCGAAACUAAAUUAGAAGACAAAGAUUCCUUAAGCUUUAUGGAUACAAAAACAUUACCUGAGAAGCUGCAGCUGCAGUUACAAUGUCUGGAUUUUCUUGCUGAAAUAUCUCAGCUUCUCAAUGAUAAUAGUUCUUUAUUUAGAAGCUUUCAAGAAGAGAUGAUUGUUAAACUUUUUUCUCGAUUGCCCGAAAAUGAUCAGGUCUUACAAAGAGCUUCAGAUGUUCAUCUGGUAAUCAAGUUCCUGAAGUGCAUUCUAUUAAGUAACAAACUAUCUGAUGAUUACAUAGAUAAAAUUUUGUGUACAUUGAGACUGCUUUUGAAUCAGUUCAGCCAAUUACAAGAUGUAUGUCAAGCUGUUUUAGACCUGUUCCCAUUGUUGUAUAUGCAUGUUCAUUCAAAUAACUCUUUGCAAAAAAAGGAACGCAUGUUUCAUUUGCUCAGUAUACUUUGCAAAAAGCAGUUGGAGGCUGAGGGGUCUAAUAACACAUCCAUUUUAAUUGGGAAGAUGCUGCUACAAAUAAUACAAUUUGAACCAAAUGUCUCAUGGAAAAAAACUGAUAGUGAUAGCAUCUUGAAUCAAGCUACUUCUCCUUGCAAAAAAGAAACAGUCUUGUAUUCUCUAGUCAUGUUCUUGAAAAGUAAUUUUACUUCACUUCGACUAUAUAUUGCUGAUAAGAUAAAUUUGUAUUUAUCACCAGAAACAAUAGAUGCAGUGUUCCUUACUGUUCUUUCUGAAGUAUAUGAUUCUUUUCUACAAAAGUCACUAAGCAAUGGCAAUUUUCAAGUGGAUGAAAAUUUUAAUAGAUUGAGUGUAUUUUUGCAUUAUCUAUGUCAAGUUAUUUUAAGAUACCCAUGCCUGGAAAAAGAAUGCAUUUAUAUUGUGUGUAAACUAGCAAGCAGUAUCAAGCAAGAUCAAGCAUUUUUCACUAAGGUUUUGAAACAAGUAUCCUCACUCUUUGGAUAUGAAAGCUGUAAAGAAUAUAUUGAGCCACAUUUGCCUUACAUAAUUUUAAGAUGGCUUGAAGAAAAGAACUGCUUAAAAGAGUUUCCUUUCCAGUUAUUAGAAAUUGAUUCCUUAAAGCCAUUUUACAGGGAGUUUUUCAAAGUUUUAGUACCUCUUUUGUUAUACUGUGGAGAAAAUGCAUCCUUGUCUGAACUUGCUCGAGAACUGGGAAUGUCAGAGCAAGAAAUUAUGUAUGAAUGUUUUCCUGAAAUACAAGCUAAAAUUUUGUCAAGUUUAUCUGUUAAUCCUACUGACUCAAAUGCUGAAAAUUGUAGAAGAUGUUUGCAUUCUGUUAUACCUUCAGAGGUUCUUAAUAAGGCAAAUAGAAAUAAGUGUGAUGAAAUUGUAUUUUUGCUAUUAGCAAUGGUGAAAGAGACGAAUGCCAGUCACUCACCAAAAUGUCAAGCAAAGAAAGUGCUUUACUUAACGCCUGAUGAUUUCUCUGCAUCUGUUUCACUGCUAAUGCCUCUUAUUUCAGACAAGUCAUCUUCCAGCCAUUUUCUUUGCAACAAAGCGGAUCUUAUCCAAAAUGUAUUUCUAUCUUUAAGUAUUAUACUUUUUAAAGCCAAAAGAGCCCAUGAAGAGAGACGUGUUUUAUGUAUGUACCGUUGCUUCUUGGACCAGCUUCUUCCUGCUCUUAGUUAUGAUAAUAAAUGGAGCUUCUUUGUGAUAAAAGAACUGAUAUAUACUAUUCUUAACUUCUUGGAUUUACAAAGGAAUUCAGCUGAUAAAGAUGAACUUCUAAUCACAUACUGCAGUAAUCUGAUUCUAUCAUUGUGCAAGCAAGUUAUGCCUCAUUUCAAGGAGGUCAUUGGUGAAUACUUGCCUUUUAUGAUAAGUAGUUUGGUUCCAUUUGUAAAUGAUAGUGAAAGGGGACAACAAGUACUUUCUUUAAUAUCGUUUUUAGUAAUUGACUGUGCUCCACAUUUUGUGGAAUACAUUCCAUACUUGGAUCCAUUUCCUGAUCUUGUAAUGUUUUCUUCAUUAGUGGACAAGCUACAUUCGAUAAAGUAUAUGAAUGCACAGUUGCCUUUAGAAAAGGAAAUAAAAUUGUUUUUAGUUUCUGGCAAAAUGAUGGGAAAGCAUACCCCAGAAGGAAUUAAACAUCUUUAUGUUCAACUUAAAUCUGCAAAGAAUGUACAAGAGAUGAAGCAAAUGGUUAAUAAGCUAAAAAAUAAAACUCUUUUCUCGGAAGAUGUGAAACACAGUAUACUACAUGAGUUGGUGUGCCAUUUGUCAUCACUGUGUUCUCCAGACGAUAUUGAUAAGAAAGUGCAGAAGGAAGCUAGUAAAUGUCUAGGAAUGAUUGGACCAAUAGCUUUUUCUUCUGUUGUUUUACAACCAUCUAUUUAUGCAAGAGAUAGCAGUUUGAAUUCAUUGGAGAAAAGUUAUUUAGUUAUUCUUGACAUUUUAGCAGAAUAUCUUUUUGAUAAGAGCAUUGACAUCAAAGUAACUUCUUCAAAUGUUCUUAAAGACUUAUUUUCAACUGUAUUUGGUCACAAAUUUUUCAAGACCUAUGAAAAUCUUCUUCCUAAAAGCAUGACUAUGAAAUAUAUUUUCCCGUUUUUUACAUCACAAAAAGGAAAAGAAAAAGAGAAAUUAGGAAGGGCUGAAGUUGAAAAACUACUGGAUACAUAUUUGUGGUUACCUGAUAAAAAUGGUCAUUCAUCAUGGAUCAUUAAAUUAGUUUGCACUAUUUUAAGCAGUGGUGUGACUCAAAAUUGUUUUUAUGAAUGCCUUAUCCCAAUUUGUGCUAAACAGGCGACGUUUUGUGAAAAAAUAUUACCUUAUUUGAUUCAUACUCUGCUGUUUCUUGAUGAUCUUCAUGUGCUUCAUGCUGUAUCCAUUGGCAUUGAAUCUUUUUUUUCCCACUUUUCCAAAUGGUUGCAAAAAGCUGCGUCUAACGGAUCUUCAUCUUCACCUUCUUUUACCAAACCUGAAUUUGAAUACUCCAAAGCAACUGUUCAAUCCAUGUUGUCAGUCCUAAACCACAUAUGGCUGAAUCCAAAGCAAGAAGCCAGAAAUCAAAGAAAUGUUAUGAAAGAAUGCUUCUGGAAAAAUCUUAAUUAUUUGGAAGUUGCUCAAGCUGCUCAGUAUUGUUCUGCACAUUUCACUGCUAUUUUGUAUACAGAGUUGUGGUGUGAUGUAAUGAGGGAGCAAGUUAGAUCCUCUGACAUUGUAAGUGAUUGUUCUGAGUCUUCUGGAAGCUUAGACUGCUCACCCUUGUCGUUUAUUGGAUCUCGCAGCAGAGAUAAGGCAUCGUUAGUCUAUGAGAUUCUUCUGGAUGCAUAUUCUCGCAUUGGAGAUUCUGACGCAAUUUAUGGUUGUGAAGUUGUAAGCCCUGACAGCCAAGCAAUUCUAAAGCAUAAUUAUUUGACAGAAAGAAAGUGGGAUGGUUUGUUGAGGCUAAAUGAUAAAAAUAAUGCCCAUUUAGAUAUCUUAAUGUCUCUGCAGCAGAAUGGCCUCAACACUAUUCUCCUGGAUUAUGCUCAGUCUCUGCUUGAUGGAAACAAAGCUCCUCAGCAAAGUGUGUUGGAAUAUCAAUGUGAAGCAGCUUGGAGGAUGAGAAAAUGGGAUUUGCCAGUUAUUGAAAAUUCCGAGCAUGGAUUUCAAACAUACUUGUACAAAAGUCAACAGUCCUUGGUAUCUGAUAACAAGGCCAUGUUUGAGCAGUAUUUGGAUCUUGCCAGAAAAUCACAAUUUAAUCUCCCGAGUCAUACAAGUUUGGAAUCAACAAGAAACAUUCAGCCGUUUCUUAGCAAUAUUAAGAUGUUAUCAGUGUUGGAAGAAUUCUUUGCUGUCAAAUCAAACAUUGAAAAAUUACAGGCUCUGUUUGAAAACUGGGAAUUGCAAGAUCAAAUACCAUACGAUGACUUUGAAUUUUUCGAACCUGUAUCAUGGUUAAAGUGUGUUUUGCUAAAUCACCUUAUUGACUCUGAUAUAAAUAAACAUAUUGUCAUUCCACAACUGAGAAAGCUUUUGGAGAGGCAUGCUGUACGAGCUCGUGAAGAGUUUCAUCUUGAGGUUGCUUCAAAUGCUGUGAAUACUCUAAGAAAAAUGCCUUGUAUAGAAGAAGAAGAUCUUUUGCGAUGGCAAAUUGAGGAAGCCAAAAUUCUUUGGACUAAGAAAGAGUUCAGUAUUGCAAACAAAAUUUUGAAAUCAUCUCUACAUUUUAUUGAGAAACUUGCUGCAGAAAAUCCAAACUUUGUUUUAUGUUAUGGAGAAGCUUUGACGUUAAGAGGAAGAUGGCUAGCUGAAACAUGCAGUGAAAAUUCUUCAGUCAUUAUGCAAGAUUAUUUAGAAAAGGCUGUUCUUCUUCUUGAGAGUGUAGAUUGCAAAAGGAGCAACAAAGCCUCUCUAUUGUGGGAUGCUUAUUUAGCUGUUGCUCGUUAUGCUGACGCCCAGUAUCAAAGUAUUGUAAAUUAUAAAAAAUCAACAGCGUUUCUUACAAAACAAGAGCUUAUGCAUAGUUCUAAAGAAGAUGCCAAAAAACUCAAAAGUAAAGAUAAUACGGAAGACCAACGAAAAACUCAUAUUAUUAUAACAAAACAGACUAUGAUUGAUCAGGAAGAAAUAAAUACUUUAGAACAGGAUCAGAAACUGUUUCUUAACAAAGCAAUAAUGAAUUACCUCAGGUGCUUAAGAGGGACAGAUUCUCAUGAUUUGUGGAUUUUUCGUCUUAUUUCCUUGUGGUUUCAAAACUUCACUGAUCAAUCAAUCAAUAGUAUUGUCAAGGAUAGCAUACAGAAGCUGCAUACAUAUAAAUUUUUACCAUUAAUAUACCAAUUGGCAGCAAGAAUGGGAACACCGGCACAAGGAAUAUUCUCACAAACUCUGACUAGCUUAAUUAAAAGUAUUGCUAUUGAUCAUCCGUAUCACGCUGUGCCUGUGAUUUUAGCUUUAAGCAAUGCUGAUCAAGAUCCUCUUGAAUCGACAAAAAAUAAUUCUGAUCAACCGCAGCAAGUAGAUGUCCCUUACAUCAAAGAGAGAAUGAUUGCCGCUAAGAAGAUUCUUUCUCAAUUACAGAAAUCAAAAAUAAAUGGAAUACUGAAAAACUAUUUAGAUUUGUGUAGUGCUUAUAUAAAGUUGGCUUAUUUUCCAGUGGAUAAAAAAACAAGACGAGGUAGUAUUCCAGAGGACCAACCUCUUUUAAAGUACAAGAAUUUAGUUAAUAUUCCCAUAAUCACUGAAGAUAUAAAGGUUGAUCGCAGCUGUCAAUAUGAAAGUAUUGUUAGUGUUCAGUCUUUUCAUUCAGAGUUUAGAAUGUGUGGUGGAAUAACUCUUCCCAAAGUUAUUAAAUGUAAAGGUAGUGAUGGCGUUGAGAGAGAGCAAUUAGUAAAGGGCGGUGAUGACUUAAGACAAGAUGCUGUAAUGCAGCAAGUCUUCUUUCUUGUGAAUCAAUUACUAGACCAAAAAAUGGAAACUAAACGGAGAAGACUUCACAUUAGAACUUACAAGGUUGUCCCAAUAUCCAGAAAAAGUGGAGUUAUACAGUGGUGUGAUGGCACACAAGUGAUGUCUCAGUACCUUGUUGGCACUAAUGGAGCUCAUGGCAGAUAUUACCCACAAAUGGCUAGUCAUGUUGAAAGUCGGAAAAAAAUGGAGACAAUAGCCAGUGUUUCUCUGCUCUGUAAAAAAAGAGAAAUAUUUGACUCAAUUUGUGCCAAUUUCCCACCAGUUUUUAGGUAUUUUUUCUUAGAACAUUUUCCUGAACCAUCUGCUUGGUUUGAAAGACGACAAUCUUAUACCAAAAGUGUUGCUGCAAGCUCCAUAGUUGGCUACAUAUUAGGACUUGGUGAUCGUCAUGUCAACAAUAUUCUGAUAGAUAAAAACACAGCUGAAGUGGUUCAUAUCGAUUUUGGCAUUGCUUUUGAAAAGGGCAGAGUAUUGGCCACACCUGAAACAGUCCCUUUUCGCCUCACUAGGGAUAUUGUCGAUGGUAUGGGAGUUAAUGGCGUGGAAGGCACUUUUAAAAGAUGUUCUGAAAAAACAUUGGAAGUAAUGAGAAACUCACAGGAUGUUCUUUUAACCAUACUUGAAGUUCUUUUAUAUGACCCUUUGUAUGAAUGGACUGUGCCACCUUCAAAGUCCCCUACUCAGAGGUCAAACCUUCCAACUAGUUACGGAACACAAGAAGUAAACAAAUUAGCUGAAAGAGCGUUGAUGCGGCUUCAACAAAAAUUACAAGGUUUAGAAGAAGGUGUUGCUAUGAGUAUAGAAGGUCAAGUUAAUCUGCUCAUACAACAAGCCAGAGAUCCAAAUAAUCUUUGCAGACUGUAUGUUGGUUGGCAGCCUUAUCUGUGAUAUUUAUGUUCCAGUUAUGUUUUAGAGUUGAUUAAAAUCCACUCAAAUUAUUCUCAGGUACAGAGAAUUUUUUUUAAAGUUCAAAACUCAUUGUUGAUUAUUAUGUCAAGAAGAAAUGAUGUAUACAAUGGUGCUCUAUGUAUUGUCAGUUAUUUUAUAUUUUUUAUAUAAAAUACUUCUG